CACACACCUCCCAAAUCCUAAACCCUUCCCAUUCCCACUCUCCCAUAAUAAGCGGGAAACUGAAAUAAAUUUUCAGCCAGAAAAGCUUUUACCCGCCGCCUACCUCCAAACCCUCAAAAUUGAAAAUAAAAAGACCCAACCCUUUUUGGCAAAUCUAGUGUCUUUUGAUUCGUUUCUCACCUCCCCAGAAUUUUGAAUCCGCGCGCGCGAGAGAGAGUGAGGAAGUAUGAGAACUGUGAAGCGGGAACGCAGUACUGGCAGCGCCGCCGCCGGAAUUAGAGGGAGCGGCGGUGGCGGUGGAGGUGGAGGUGGAGGGAAGGACCGAGUUCUCAGGGAGAUAAAGCGGGAGCGAAUCCGAGUUAACUCGGAGACGGCGACGGCUGCUGAGGAGGAGCCGCACGUCGAACAAGGCGUCGAGGAACGGAGAAUCCUCCGCUCCAAGUAUCGCGCCUUGCGCCAUAGAAUCGACGAGGAGAGGGACGAUUUGACUAAUGUGGAUUCGAAGACGUUCGGUUCGUUCAUCAAGGAGUUUGAUACUCUGCACAAAGACGUUCGGAAGCCGAGGGAGCAGGUUGCUGAUGCGGAAGCAUUGCUGGGAUUAACUACAACAUUGGUUACCUCUGUGAAGGCGCGUUCGAGUGACGGUAUUACAGUUGGAGGGUUUGUCACUAAAUUGAUGAACUCUUUUGGGCACUCCACACCGACAUUAGGCGAUGAAGAGAACUCCCCAGUUUCAAUCGCUUGGAAGGAGAUUGGACUAUUUGUUUCUCCUGCGUUUAGGAGAUGCAGUGGGUUCAGCACCAUGUUGGGGCCAAUGAACACUGAGAUGAAGCUAAGGAAGCAUAAUGUAACGCAGAGGCCUCGAACGAGGCCGGGGCAAAGUACACGUCCUGAAGAAGUUGAUGAUACUGGAGCAGAAGAGAGAACAGAUACUGAUAAAAAUAUGGCUGCUAUGUUUGGGAUCUUGAAGAGCAAGAAACGUGUAAGGCUCGAUUGUUUGAUCCUCAAUAGAAGAUCAUUUGCCCAGACUGUGGAGAACCUGUUUGCACUUUCUUUCUUGGUGAAAGAUGGCAGAGUUGAGAUAGUUGUGGACGAAGAUGGCAAUCAUUUUGUCUGUAAGUUAUAUAUGAAUCUUCAUUCUUCUGCAUAAUUAUUCAUGCAUCUCUUGUUUCUUCUUCAAUACCCCAUUUUUCAUGUUUUACUCCUGUUCAGUACCAAGAAAUGCACCAGCUUCUGAGUCUGUAAUGUCAAAGGAGGUAGCAUACAGGCAUUUUGUCUUCAGAUUUGACUUCAGAGAUUGGCAGAUGAUGAUUGCUGGGGUACCUGAUGGUGAAGAACUCAUGCCCAAUAGGGAUACUGAAUCUUCUGCUGCUGACAUGAGCCAAGGUACUGCUGCAGACAAUAUGCCCCCAGGUACUACAGCCCACACUGAAGAUGCACAGCCUCGAACACCAAUACGUAAACUGACAAGGAACCGUGGGCUGGUUGUCCAGAAUGACACGGUAGAGGAGACCCCACAAGGCGAAGAAGAAGACGAAGAAGAGGAAGAUGGAAAUGGUGCUCGAAAAGGUCUCCAUCGAUGUAAGCGCAGACUUGUGUAAGGGAGGCAAUCUGGGUCUUAUGUAUAUGACAUUUAUAUUAGAUCUUAUGCAGUUGACUAUUUGGGUGUCUUAGGUUAUAACUUUCGAUUUGGCGCUCGUCUUGAUUUGGUGUCUAACCUAAAAUAGCCUAAUGAAAUGUGCACUGUUUAGUUCAUGCUAGAACGGACUCAGGUUUUGCGCCGUAGAAACUCGGUCUUGUUGUUUGAUUGAAAUCAAGAUGGUAUCAUUCUACGAGUGGUUUUGUAAUGUGCAAUUAGUUGGCUAUGAUCUGGGCAGUGUUUUAGCAGCAUCUGGUUGUGGAUUUGCAGAGUCUUUAUCAUUUCUACAUUGUAAUGUACUUGAAUUUUAUGUAAAUCUAUCUCUGAUGAACUAGUUUAUGAUGUGUAAAUCCUCUUUGUUAGUAUUUGGUGCAUGCAGUAGUAAUUUGAAGA